AAAGGUCAGUGAAAAAUUGAAAGGGUUAAAGGUUUUUACGGUUAACAUAUCAAACGAUCUGCUACAAGAAGGGUUUAAAUCUGACCGCUUUUUCAUUUCCAACGAUGCUCUAAUUACAGUUAGGAUUGUUUGACGUGUUUUAUCGGAGGGCUGACAACAAUAACUGAGAGCUACUGUUAUAUUUGUGUGCAAGACGAUGAAUUGUACUUUUUUUGCAGCUUGUAAGUCUCCUUCAGAAAGUAAGGGAAGUGUCACUUGCUGAACAAAAAAGAGAAACAGAAGGGGAAAAAAUUACGCCCAGUUUACAAAACCAUCUGCUAUCCAAUUGCGCUUUGUUUGUUUGCAACAAAUGGGAUCAAGUGCCAGAACAUGAAAUUGAAAAAGUCAAGGGCCAAGUGACAGAGCGACUUAAAAAAUAUUGGCCUAGCCUGGAUCCAAAGUCCCAAGUCAUCUAUCUGUCAACCUUAAAAGCCACUGAAGCUCAAAAUGCUGGUUAUAUCUCCGAAGAAUUUUCCGCUUUGAUGGACGGCUUGAAGUACACCGUCUUAAAGAGCAUUGAAGCUAGACUUGAGUUCCACUGGAGGUUAGUGUUAUAAAUGUGUACUUGCCUUAACAAGUAUUCUCAAAUCUAAUUGGUUUCUUGAUAGCAUUCCACAUUCCUUGCAUCUUUGAUUUUGAGAAAGUUUUACUUUGAAUCCGGAUAAAUGGUGAAUAUUCAAAGCUCCUGGUUUUUUGUAAUGUUAAGAAGUGACCUAUCACCUUUGUAAAGGGUCUUAAACUACCUGGCACAAAAUUUAUAAAAUUCAGAAGCACUUGAGCAGCAUUCAUUAUAUACAUUACAUAUAGCACAAAACUUUGAAAGAGUAAAAAGGGUAGCCCUCGAACCGCAAACGUAUUUCCGGUAGUCGCUUCUCUCCCACCGAAAAAUACCGUCUGCGAACUUGAGCGACAAACGAUUUCCGUGACGUAAAAUCUUUUGUUUGAUGUUCGCCAAUCAGAUCAAAGGAUAGAAUGCAACUCAAGUGACUCCUCUCGACCUCAUGCGCUGGCGUGUCUUGGAUUUUGGGGAGAGUUACCAAAUAAGCUUUCGACUUUGGAACGUGAAUUUCACGACUAUAACAAGGUUUCCCGCGACGUUGAAUGCUGACUUCUUUCUGAAGCAGCGGAUUUUUAUGCUAUGUACGUGAUGUGGACCUUUCAUUUCGCUUUGUAAAAUACGGUAGUACUUGACAUAAACAAAACCUGGACAAAAUAAUGCUUACAGCGAAAGGAAAAUAACAUAGCUUAAUGACAUCGCGCUUAGAUCCGCGGUUUAUUUCAAUUUAAUCAACGCUGACAUACGGUGAGGAAUCGACUGUACAGAUAUAUCCUCUGACAAUCGAUCUUUAAUAAUUCAAAAUCCUACAAGUAUCGCCACAAAACAAUGAUCUGAAAUAUUAUAAACCUUGGCCGGACCCAGUGUGAAAUAAAUAUUUACAGCAGUAAAUUGAUCAUAGUCAAGAUGACACUUCAGCUAAGACGCUUCGAGUCAUCUUAUAAAAAAAACUAUGGCCGGAAGUUAAAACCUUGAAAAGGACAUAUAUUUAAAGAAAUAUAACCUGACAAAUAUAAAAUGCUUUCGGUCUGACCAAAGUUUUGUCGAAACCAAGAAGCAACAGGACGCAUUGGAAAUCAAUUACCACAUGUCCUAGCUUUCAAAGAUAAAGAAUACUAAAAAAUAUCUAAAGCGGCACACGAUUAACUAUCGAAGAGUUCUCCAAACAUUUGUGCAAAGCAUACUUUCCUAAGAUGAACCACAAAGGAACAGAAGCAACAAACGGCAUGAUGCGUCUACUGCCACUAGGACAUUUAUCGUUUCGAAUGUGAUCAAAACAGAAAGGUGUGAUAAAUCGUUGACUAGGUACGCGAAUAGAUAAAAAAAUUCCUCUAAUCUUUUCUUCAAUAAGAAUCCUCUUAGUGUUUAUUUCAUCAAUCAGUCCCGCGAUCCGGGCAAAUUAAAAAAAUACUUCUGCGAUUCCCAGGGGUCCGUUUCUCGAAAGUCCCGAUAAUUAACGGGCCCGGUAAGCUGUCUCCGUUUACAUUAAAGAUCGAGGUUUCAAUAGUUUUGCAUCUAGCAUGAUAAAGCUAUCAGUUAGUGAAACAAAAUGGAGUAGUUUGCCAGCCAGUACCCGCGCUCUUAUUCUUUAUAUUUCGAUGUGAAUAUUUGAUUUCGGGCCCGAAUAGUUACCGGGACUUUCGAGAAACAGGCCCCAGGCCCGAAAAGGGGCGGCUGUACACAGGUUAUAGCCUGGGGGAGCAUCGGGUUUUUUCGGCUCUGGUUUCUAGUUUUAUCCAGGAUGUUCUUUUCACGAGUUGGUUGCAAAUAAGAAUACACAAUAGGCAAAGCCUGAAAUACUACAGACUUUCUGAUACCAGCUGAAAGAUUCGCGAAAACGUCGCUGUUUGAUUCAACAACAAGUCGCAAGGCUUCCUUUUGAUGCUUGUUGAGUCUUUCAAACCCGAAAACUUGGCAUUCUUUCCUCAACGCAUCUUCCGCCAUAUUUUCCCAAGCAUUUUUGCGAGAUCCACGCAACAAACUUGCGCGUUACUUCUUUGAAUAUACGAGGUGAAUUGUGAUUGGUCACUAACAGCUGAUGUCUCGAAAAUUUUUUCUCUGCUCGGUUUCGCGGACGGUUUUUCUCGGCUGGUGAAACUAGAGCCGAAAAAACCAGAUUCUCUCGCACGCUAUGAAAAGGGGGUAUGGAAAAAAAUUCCUAAACGCUGAAAGGUAGGCGGAAAGAGAGAUGCUAAAUCUUAUAAAAUGCUACUUCAAAAUUAAGACGAAAUCCAUCAGGAAAUUGAAUAAUUUUAAUUUUCAGUGAGUCGACAAAAACCUUUUACCAGAAUAAUUCAAACAAUAUCGCAUUUUUUAAACAUUUUUAACGGGAUAUAGAUGAAAUCAGUUAUCAGUAAUAACACCAAAACAAAAUUUCUUGAGAGAGCCCUACAAAAUAAAUGUCAAAUUUCACAAAGUGACACCUUACACAUGAAAUUUUCCCAUGAGAAAUAGUCUUUUGUCUUUACAAGCAACUAAUUAUUUCUAUAGCCCUUGAAAAAAUGUAAAAAAAGAAUACGAUAUUUGUUUAAUUUAUCCUGGUAAAAGGUUUUUGUCUACUGAAAAUUGAAAUUACUCAAUUUCCUGAUGGAUUCCGUCUUUUAAAGUAUUUGUAAAAUUAAUAAACCAUUACACGUGUAAAUCCUUUAUUUCCAAGUUAAAUUAAUUUACUAGUUUAUCAAAAAGAUAGUGACACUGCGGCACAUUUCGUUUAUAGUGACAUCAACUAUCACUGGUAACUAUAGGAGUUAACUGCCAUGUUUAUCAAACAUUCAUCAUUUAUAUACUAAAAGAAUAAACUAAUCGAAAAUUCUUCACAUAUUCCUAUUAUUGUCAUUGAACGUUUUGCGCCUGUCGGGAGUAAACUCGCAAGUAAGACUCCUUCUUCCUAACAACAUUAUCUCAACUUUGUUAACAAAAAUAUGUCUCCAAUGCAAUCUUUCUUUCUUCAACCAAUAACAUAUGAUUGUGAAAAGACUGAAAUAUUAUCUCUACCUAAUAACAAAUCACACGGCUUAUACUCCUCUCCUACAAAGCUACUACAAUGCUCAGUUGACAUCAUAGCCCCUGUUCUUCGGAACUAUCCUUAAUGUUUCUAUCAAAAUUGAAAUUGCCUAAAAUUCUGCCUCUUUUUAAAUCCGAUGACGAGAUGGGCCCAGAUAAUUAUAAACCUAGUAUAUCUAUGUUGCCAAAUUUCAACAGAAUAUUUGAAAGGCUUAUGUUUACCAGAAUGAUGAAUUACAUUUAGAAACACAAUUUAAUUUAAGGCUUUCGCAAAGGACAUUCUACUCAACAUGCUAUAUUAGACAUCGCUGACAUAAUCCACGCCAAUAUGAACCAAGGUCUAUACUCUUGUGGUGUGUUUAUUGACCUCAAAAAAGCUUUUGACACCGUUGACCAUAAUAUUAUGCUAGAUAAACUCAACUUUUACGGCUUUCGAGGAUUAAUCAACCAAUGGUUUUCCUCAUAUCACAAUAACCGCACCCAAACUUCUCAAAUUGUUGAUCACAUAUCAAAUAAAGCCAUAAUCAGCUUUGGAGUUUCUCAAGGGUCCGUUUUAGGUCCACUUCUCUUUCUGCUGUUUGUUAAUUAUAUCCACCAGUGCUCUUCUAAACUUUAAUUCUAUCCCUUCGUCGGUGAUAUCAGUAUACUUUUUGCUGAAAAAAUCACAAAAAAAGCCUAACUAUGAACCUAAACUAUUAAUAGUUGACUCUACAGCUGCCCCCGUUCUGUAUAUUGUCGGUCAAUAGCAUUCUUGCUCGUUGUGUAGCUCUUUGAAAUAUACCGAUUCAUAAGGAAGAUUUUUUUCACAUAUUCCAUACAAUACGUAAGAUAAAUACAGGAAACGUAAGGUUCCAUGCACAGUUUCAGGUCGAAUUACCCAGCUUUGAUCAAAACAUUCUCAGUUUCGAGAAUAGUUCAUUCUAAACCAUAAGAAAAGAUUUAAUUAGAAGUUGAAUUUUUCGCCAUUUCUCUUUCAUUUUUUACGUUCAGUUCAUUUUAUUUGCCGGAAAGGAAGCCUUAGAAAUUAAAACGACGUUUCAUCAAUUCACACUUGCGCAUUCUAGUCUUAUUUUAAACUGUAUUUUUGAACAGGGAAUAAGUCAGCACAGAAUUUGAUUGUCGGCGAAUUUCUGUAAUCGUCCAUCGUUCUGCUAGUGAGAAGCUAGCCGUUGUUCACUCAGGUCUGGCAAACUCUCCAAGUGUUUAUAUAUAUACACAGUUAUACGCACCUUAUAGCUUCUUCUGCGCUUGACGAGUGUCGUUAAAAUUUUGAUCCAUAACUUUCACUGAAAAAACUGCUCCACAGAAUGUCAGUGAUAACACGUAACGCAAAAGAGUUUCGAAAAAUGACUUCACAAUAAAUGUCACAAAAUCUACCUAGUUGGUCCCUUGGGGAUGUUUUGUCUUUACGUCAUCCUAACCAUUUCGUACUUGCGGGCGCAAACAAUAGAAACGUCAUCAUUACCUACCGAUUCCUCGUGGUCCCUGUUGAAGCAAAUCGAGAUUUUUCCUAUAUUGCCUGUAUGACUGUAUAUUACAACUGUAAGUACUUUCCUUAAUAUACGCGCGAGUUACUAGAGUGGCUUCUCGGGAUUUCGCCUUCCAGGCGAAAUCCCUGCGGGGGCAAAUAUGUUUAUUUGACAAAGAGAAAAAUGAAUAUGCUACUCUUGAACCUAAGGAUUAUACUUAAGAUUUUGGCAAUUUGAUUAAUAGAAACCUUACCUGGAAAAAUCUCAUUGAUACUGUCCCAUUAAAAAUCAGCAAAACGGCUGGCUUACUUGCGAAAUUGCGUCAUUUUGUACCCCGACAAAAUUUUCUUAAAAUUUAUCAUCACUUAUAUACCCGUAAAUUACAUAUGGACUUGCUGCUUGGGGUCAAUCAGCGAAGACACAUCUCAACAAAAUUCUAUUGCUACAAAGAGAGCUCUUCCGAUAGUAAACUUCUCGAACAGACGAGAUCACGCAAUAGCUCUCUUAAUUGAUGCCAACGUUUUAUCCUUGAACUUUUUAUAUUAUCAGACUAUAUCUAACCUUAUGCAUAAUGGCCAUAACAAUAAGGUACUUGCCUUUUGGCAUUCUAAAUCUAUUUCGAAAAACAAGUAGUUGCCACUUUUACAAUACAAGAGCAUCGGCGUCAGGAAAUUUUUAUGUUAAUAUUUCCGAUCUAAAAUUACAUAAACUUUCCUUCUCUCGCUUUGGGGCUAAGCUGUGGAAUGACAUACCCUGUCACAUCCGACAUCUCCUCAACAAUAAAUUGAAAAAAAAAAAACACUCGACAAAUACCUUUUACUUUUAGUGGGAUUUUACUAAAACAAUUAUUCCUCUCGCCCUCAUGGCCUCUGAGUCAAUUGUUAAAUAGCCUCGUUAGCUGCAGGCAAUGCACUGUAAUAUUAUCUGUUUAUUAAUAGUGGAGCUCCAUGCGCACGCGAAUAGCGCGCGCGUUGGCAGAGCCCCGUGUAGCUAAGAAAAUCUAUCCAUCCUGGAAAAUGUGGUAAUCACGUGACCGUACACCGACCACCGACCACCGACCACCGACCGUCCGUCGGCACCACAAGGAAACCAAUUUUUAAUCUCAUAGUUUCUAGCUAUAGAUAGUAGUUCGGGAGCCCAGGUGCACCCUAACUGCACAUCCAUGUUGUGAUUUAUUGACAGAUGUCGAAACAGGGUAACCGCUGACCAGUACUAUCCGACCUUAUCGCAGGCUCAGGUAUCGACCCACCGAGGUCGAGUAUUUUUUUGAGGUUAUCCGCCGACAGGAGCCAAUUACUUGGAGCCUCCAUAUGGGCUGUACCUUUGAGUCAACCCAUUCCCGUAAAGAAUCGUUUUUAGAACAGGCUUUCCCGCGGAAUUAAUGUGUUUUCGAGGACGUCCGCAUAUUUCUGUAGUGAGAAAAAAAUGGCGACGAAAGAGGGAAAUUCGCCAACAAGUUUACUCCUUGUUCCAUCACCGUAGCUCCUGCCUCCGUUCCUUCCCUUACAACCAAGGAAAGCUGGUUUCGAGUUAAUAUAAAUAAUAUGUAAUCUGGCUUAAAAAUAUUGCUAUUUUUUGUUGCAACACACGAGGACGUGUUUGCUGUAGUAGCACUGUUCCUUUGUUCGGAUGUUUAAAUUUUGCUCGUAAUGUUGUAUUCCAUCGCCCUUAUUUAAAAGGAGCUUUUCAAAGAAUUAAAAAGUGAAACUCUUUGUUGGAGAGCCAGACUUCUUAAAAGGGAAUUGAAGCGCUUACGGUAAGGUCUGUAACGGCUGAUCGUGGAACCAACAAAUCGGAGGCAAUUUUGUGCCUUCGUAAGUAGAAACUGUCGUGUCUUCUGUGUCUUAUCUACCGCAACCUGGGACAGCGAAAAUCAAGAUGUUUUCCUCAUGAUUUUGAAGGAUUUCCUUUAAAGAAGCAAAACGUCGAAGUGAAGAAAGGUAUCGGUUUAUGUUGUCCGGAUUUUUAUUCAUUUUGAUGGUGCUAUAUAAGUUAUUAUUUAGUUGCCAUAAGACAUGAAAGCUACAAAAACUCUUGGAGUGCAGAAUUAUCAAACUCAGGAAGAAUUAAAGACUGUUUGGCAAUCACACUAUUUCUCAAGAUGCUACAAGAUUUCAUGGCCGCAGCAAAAACCUGUAGACCUCAAAUAACCGCAAAAGGAUUAUGUAGCAGGACGUGACAUGCCGAAACAUCUAACUUCUGCCGUGAAACCUCUGAAAACCUUUCCUUCUUUCAAGGAUUUUAUUAAUAAUCUUUUGAUGUCGCUAUCCCCAUCGGCUCUCUCCUUCUUUAAUUUUAUGACUACCUGUUAUUUUCCUUGUUUACAUGUUACUUAGUUUCUUAGUAGCUAGAGAAAAAUAUCAGGCUCAGAAUGCUUUGGAGCUUUUAAUAAUUCCACAAAGGACCACACUGCAUCAACCCACGAUUAAUUUUGAAGCAAAAAGUAUGUUGUUCCAACUGUGUUACAGAUCGAAAACGGAUGAAAACGGCUUUUGAUAACAUACAAUCUCAACGGUAAAUAUUUCAAGAGGACAUAUCAAACAAAACAAACGAGAUGUUCAACAGCAAUGAAAUCGAAUUAAAAGCGAAAUUUAUUAUUGUUUACCUAACAUAUUGCGGGUUUCAUUCAACUAAAAGAAGAAGAAGGCCAGUCCGUUAAUCGAGCGGCCUAUAUAAAGCCCGAGAGUGAAUAAACACGGAAAUAGUGCAAAAUGGUUUUGAAAUACUCGUUUGAGCUAUUUCUCCUCAAACUAUAUCUUUGAAUUCAUGAUAAAUACAGCUCCGUAAGGUUCAAACAGUGUGAAUGGUAGAGAAAGAUACUCCAAGACUAUUAAUUUUACAAUUGGUUGGUGCAGUGAUCACACAGCCGAGUGGUCCGAAGCCGCACUUUUUUCGCUGGAGGAAGUUGGGAUGCAGGUUCUAAUCCCGGCGUGGCUACCUCCAUUUUUUUUCUUUCAUCGUUUUUUUACCCUUUAGCUUUUUACUGUUUAUUGUCACUGCUGACCCUGUUAGCUUCGCGAGAUUUUUAGGAAAACGUAUUUCUAGUAAGUAGCAUUAAAAAGUAUUGUUCUUCUUUGGCUCUCCUGGACGAAGAUAACAUUACACUUAGCUACCGUGCACGUGACUGCCAUGAUAUGGUGAUAUGGUGAAUGUUUGUCAAGCAGAUUUUUUUUUUGGCGUUCUUGGAAAUGCUUCUUAUGGCGAAAGAAGUGAAAGACCACGACUACAAGAAAAUAUUUAUUCAAGCUAACCAAGUUGACUCUGCGUACCCUUGCAAAAUGAAGCGAGGGAAGUUUGGAUUGUAAAAUUUAAGUGCCUGGCGACGAACUUAGUUGUUUAGAAGUUUAGAACCCAAACAACUGUUGUUGAUGUUUGAAUUGUCGUAUUUAAACUGAACUUCAGUUGCAGAACGGAAUAAAUGUGCAACGGACAUGUAAACUUUCAUUCAUUCUCAGUCAACGCUUACAUGGAAAAUUUCAAGAGCAAAUCGGCAAACAGAUUAUUCAUUAAAACGCUAGCUGUGGCAUUCUCAAAAAGAACUGAAAAUUUCGCGCUGCUUCAACCGGCGGCAAAUUGUCACCGUCAUGCCCGGGGGGGGGUACUCCCAUAUAUGGGCUAUAUAGGUACGUGCCGCGGAAUAGGGUAUGGUUUUUGAGGUUCUCGGUCCUUAAAUAGGGUAUCUUUUCUGACCCUUUUGUUUCUGUGUCCCUGGUGUGGUCCUUAGAUAGGGUAGCGUAAUUGUAUUAUCUAAUACUGGAGUGUGAAAACGCCCACCUAAACGAACAUUUUUUUUUUUAAACUAGGCCUUUUCUGGUAUUUUAUGCUUGAUGCUAUACAUCCAAUGUUACAAAGAGGAAAUAAAGUUUUCCUUUUCAUGCCAUUAAUAAUUUUUUUUUUUCCUUGAAUAGGGUGUCAUUUUUCCGCUUUCGGCCUUAAAAAGGGUAUCAGUUUUCGCUUUCUUAGUCCUUAAAUAGGGUUAGGGUUCACGAACCUUCGCGGCACACCCCUAUCCAAAAUUCGCGGGAGUACCCCCCCCGGGCCGUCAUGUCUCUCCAACGGAGACUCCGCUCAUUCUGAUUGGCCAUCUGAUAUCAGAAAGUUGUCAAAAAGAUGUCAAAAUUUUAUCAAAAACCUUCUUCGAGUGACAACGGUAAGGUGCGUAGCACUGUAAACGGGAAAUCGAUUUUCCCUCUAAUAUAUUCCAAAAAAGUAACAUUCUUAUUCGUCAAAGCGGAGACAAUUUUUGACUUCGUAAUAAGACAAGCGCCAAAAAGCUAAUUUCAAUGUAAAUAUACUGCUCAAAGGAGUUAGCAAAGAUACUUGUUGACUGGUAAGUGGUCCAACUCGAAUUUGACCACUCUUCAACUAUUUAUUGUUAUUGUUAUUACUAUUAUUAUUACAAGUGAUACCGGUUAAAGUAAAUUAUAAUCAUCUUACACUGUAUAAAGCUUCGAGUUUAAACCUUAAAAUAAUUUGAUAAAAAAGGGUUAGCUUUUUCGUCUUUCUUCGGUGCCGCAUAAUUAUACGACGAAGUCACGGUUCGAGGUUGUGCGCUAUAGUGAGAAGUGUUUUUUUUUUUUGAAAUGGAUGGAUGAAAAUUGAUCGCUCAUUUUGGUAUACAAAUAAUUUCCAGUGACAUACAAAUCAUGUCAAAGUGAAAGUAAAAUCAACUAUUAAAGCUGCUUCUUUAGUCGCGCACAAGCCGAUUAAUAAAAUGGAUUUACAAUUAAAGUAUACUAUGUUGGAAAUUAAGCCCCGUUGGUGCGUUCCCUUUGCGUUCCGUGCGCGUUUCCUUAAUUAAUAUGCAUAUGGGUCGAGUCUAUGACGUCACCCAUUGUUAUAACCUAGGGAAAAAAUGCGUUCCUCCAUCUAAUUAUGUGCGUUCCUCCAUAUAUAAUGAAGUUGAUAGUCGUUUCUCGAAAGAACACAAUAGAAACAAUAGGCUUACCUCGACUUGCCCGUGAAAUAACUUGAGCCUGGUUUACGGACCUUCCAUUAAAAAGGAAAAUAGGAAUAAGAGGAGCGAUCACCUAGCAACGCGAGAAACGGUUUCCUAUAUCUUAUUUAGCGCUAAAACUCAGAUAUAUAAACAAAACACACAUAUACACAAAGUGGAGCUAAAAAGUCUUUAUUUCAAUUUUGUCUGACUAUUACAGAACCGCGUUUUCUCCUAUCUAUCUCGAGGAAAUGAAAAACUAUUGAAGUCUCAGCGUCUCACGCGCCGUUAGUCAGGUAAUGAUGCGAGUUCACAAGCCCACCGUUGCAUACAACCCCAAGGGAGCAUCUUUACUUAUUAUUAUGAAAACACACACACAAAAAAAAACAAUUAAUAACUUAACAAGGAUCAAUUGAAACACGCGACUAAUAAUUGCUAGCAAUAAAACCAGACACGUUUCUUAAGACUUAAGAAAUCAACUUUAUGACCCUUUAUUAAAAUAAUGGCAAACUGAGAUUAGGUUAAAGAUUCUAUUAAAAUAGUCAAAGAAGGCAGCCAUACUUGUUUUUUUUACACUCCAAACAAUGUUUUACUUACCCCUCUCCCUUUUCAAUUUUUUUUCCCUCCUCAAUCUUUUUUAUUCCCUCCUCCACAAUUUUAUUACUUUCCCUCCUUAAUGUUUUUAUUCUCUCCUCCACAAUUUGGUUUUCAGGCUAGAAGAACUGCUACAUGACCUCUCUCCCCGGAAUAAAGAAAAACAAUAUGGCCGCCAAAUACAUCCUUUUAGUUUUUAAAGUUCUCCUUUAUCAACAAACGUCGAACAUUUAUUUCGGCAAACAAACAGUUAAGUUGAAAAAGGAUUUUACAAAAGUCUCAAGAGUAGGUCUCCUUUUCGAUUUUAACUUGCAAUAUCGGACAAUUCACGCAACUUUUAAACUUCUGGCUCAGUUUUCGUUUGGGUCUGCUUUGAAAAUGGAAUAAGAAUUACUCAGGAACAAAACAGUGUAAAGAAUAGUUGAGAAAAACAGCAAAAACUUGCAAAUUUGUGACGAAGAAGGUACUUAUAAAAACGAACUAAAACAUUCAAAACCCCUCUGAUCAGGUGACUGAUGACGUCGUGUUCCUCUUUUGGUUAUGAAAAAAAUUAUCAGCUAGAACAUUACUUUCCCGCAAAUUUUCUCUACCGUGUGAUAAAAGGUUGACUCUCCACAGCCCUCGGCUUAGUCUUCUGAUUUUUUCGCUCAUGUUUAUUACCCACUUAAAUUUUAAAUGCCGGACGUCAACUUGUUAUUUUUAAAUGCCCCACACAACUAAAACCUCAAAUAUCCUAUUUGUUUAAACUCGUUAAUAAAAUCUUGUCACAACAACUAAAAAAAAUAGUUCGGAAAUAGUCACGUGACUGAUGACGUCAUUACCUUAGAUGACAUUUUAUGGCUAAUGUUAUCUUCUUGUGGUUUGACAGUCUUCUACGUAUAAAAUUAUAAAGCUUUUUAAAAAAUUGCCUUGAAGGAUUCUGGGAGAGAUUUUUAUGAUUAAUUACAAAUCAAGGAAAAAUAAAAAUAAUGAAGGAACUUAUAAGACUAGUUCUAUUCACUUCAAGCAAAUGAAACCUAACUUAUUUCAUGAUUCACAACUUUUCUUUUGCUAUUCAACAGCCUUCAUUUAACGUACAACCCUCUUGAAUAUUCAACAAACUGAAAGUCCGGGGCGGGGGGCUUGAUAACGUAGCUGGGAGGAGCGGGGCUGGUGAUGGAAUUUAUAACGAUUAUUAGGAAUUUAUCUGUAUAAAUCCCUCAUUUGAGGAAUUUAUACAGAUAAAUCCCUCGACUGAAGGACUUUAUACAGACAAAACCAAAACGAAAAAAUAAUGGAAAUUAAUUCUCCUAAAUGUUUUCGUUGCAAUUAUUUGCAAUUCAACUUUGCUGUUUCUGACGACAUAACAUUCCUCCUCUAGACCAAGCAAUUUAACCUUCGACGACGAGUUUGUUGAGCCUAUAAUUAACUUCGUCAAUUGUCAGCGAUAUUUGGGGAAUUGUCUCACUGUCUCCAAUGAUUUGGAUCAAAUCGUUGCGUUCCUCGGCCCAUUCAGACCAGACACGGACUGCCCGCUAUGUGUUUAUUCGUGUAUUUUGCGGUAUUUGAGAUGUCCAGUUGUCUGUUUCUAACAGUGUUGUAAGACACUAAACUAAGACAGAAUAAAUAGAGGAUAUUACAUGGCCGCGCGGAGAUACGAAAUUUCUCUUCGAGUGUUGAAAAAUAUUUCACGAGUGAGCGCAGCGAACGAGUGAAAUGUUUUUUUCAACACGAGAAGAGAUAUUUCGUAUCUCUAAGCGACCAUGUAAUAUUCUAUUUAUUAUAUAAACAGAAAUGAAAUGCCAAACCAUUUUACUUAAAAAAGGUUUUUUGGUCUGAAAGUUGCGGUUUAUUAUGAAGCCAAAGCAAUGGUCAUAUUUUCAAAUGUAAAGAUAACAUAUUAUUUUCACAUGUGAAGAUAUCAAGUUUUCGCGCGAACUGCUCACUUGGUAUUUCAUUGGUGUUUAUAUAAAAAUACGUUUUAUUACAGAUGGAUUGAUUAUCUACUUCAGAAGAUGAACUGUAAUGCUAAAGCGUUUUUGGUUAAUGCUUCACGGGAACGUGGGGAGGUACAAGCAAAAAUGGAACGAAUUAAGUGUCGAUUAGUUUCAAUAGAGGAAAACCAAGAGAAAACGAUGCAGGAUCUUCGCAACUGUUUCGAAGAAAAAGUCAAAGAAACUGCGCAGAAGCUCUAUGAGCAUCUUUCUUCUAAAGAAGUAAUAAAACGCUUUUGCUCAUGGACUGAGGACAAGGCUCCAGUUGUAAAAGACUCCUGGGAAGAAACGGAGGCGGGUAUGAAAAGGGCACUUCAAAGUCGGUUAAAUGAAGUUGUAGAGUCAUGGGAGGAGGAAAAUAACGUUUUGGGGAGUGCUAGAAAGUGCCUAGUCGAGUUAUUUGAGAAGCAUUACCUUGAUGUCACAAGUCAACUACGAGAUGUCGAAAGGGCGAUCAUAGAGGGAGAUGGCAAUCUCGCUUCUUCAAACAACAAUAUUCUCAGCUCAAGCUGGACGACCGAAUUCGUUACACGUGCAGCUGGCGCAUUAUCUCUCUUCGGCGUUGGGUACGUCGGAUGGACCAUUGGUUCCGUGUGUCUUUGGGGUGUGCCUUUCGUCACCGCACUGCUGUUUUGCAAAGAAUUGAUGGGUUAUUGGAGAGGCCGGACAUACCAGAACGACAAGGCCUCUUUUAUGAAAGAUUCUUCCGAGAAAUAUCUCCAGGGUGCUGCAGAUACAGAGAAAUUGAAGUUUUUUGUGCGAGGUGAAUUAAAGGAGGUGGAGAACUAUCUUAACAACAUGAAAGACAGUUUACCAAAGCUCAUCAAAGCCGACAAGGAGCUUUGUGAACAACUAGCUAGUGACGAGCGAUCACAGGCAGAAAACGAGAAGUUGUAUAAGCCGAUUUUCGAUGACAGCUUACAACAAAGAAGUCAGCUGGCAAUUUUCGGGAUAACUGAGGUGUGCUCCGCUUCAAUUUGCCGCAAUGACGUGAAGUGGAAUGAGGACGUAUCUUCCAUACUUGGCAGUGGUUCAUUUGCAACCGUGCAUAAAGCGAAUUUAAGAAGACACGGAGAAGACCAAAUUGUGGCAUUGAAGGUGUUUCAUCAAGAGCUAUGCGAAGAAAACGCAAUCGCUAUCAUGGAGGAGAUCUACCUUUUGAGGUAAAAUAGUUGUGCAUGCUGAUGGCUAUUCACUCUUUACAUCGCUGUUAGAUCGUUUCUGGCGAGAAAAUCCGGACAGGCAUGCGCAGUGAUAGUUGAAACUCAGGAAAUAUCACGGCAGUCAUUACAGAACAUUACUUUUAUUAGACCAUUAUACCAGACUAUUAUAUCAGACCAUUAUUAUUACAGAAAAUUGGCCGAGAAAAGAGAAAUAAUCAACAGCAAAGGGCGUCCUCAAAACAAUCGUAUGCCCUGCUUCUUAUCUGAUUCGAUUAGCACUACCAUCCUGUUCUUAUGUACAACCCGACCAGUUUCUAUUACUCGCGGGAGGUCAUUAGGGCUUUCUUUCAAGUGGAAAUAAAUAUAACAAUUAUCGCUUUGAAUCCGCUGAGCAGCUGGAAUAAAAUAACCAUGCUGAAUUUCAGUGCGCAACGGCCUCGGAAAAAUCUUUAAUCUUCGAUCAGCAAUUUUUCCACGGAAAAUCAUCCAGAUUCCUUCGUUUACUCCGCUUUCGAUCGCUUUCAAAAUUUGAAUGGUAUUGAAGUCAGCAGACUUUAAGCAUAGACAUGGUUGUUUAUCGUGAACUAUAAGCCCAUUUCAGAACAAUUUUUACGUACGCCGGUUUCAACUAUUAUUCAGUGGUGCCUAAUGUAAGUCACACGAAAAAGUGUGUUCCAGAUUUCUCGCCACUCUCGAUCUACUGACCUUUAAAAUUGUUUUCUAUAUAAGGAAGAAAUAUAACAACAUGAUACGUUUUUGCAUCAAAUGGAAACUGGGAAAAAAUCCGAGCCCCAAAUGGGAUUCGAACCCACGACCCUCCUUGAUCUAGUCGGAUGUUCUACACACUGACCUACUGAGACUCGAUGGUGAGCAAGAAAGAAACGUAUUUUAUUACUUAUUAUUUAAUCUCUGUUUCCAUAUUUGUGAACCCAUCAUUAGAAGGCAAUUUUACUUCCUCGGAUGAGUUGAGAUCUAACUGAUGUAUUUUCCCGCUACUGAGUUUUAGCUUGGUUAUCAAUGUUAUAGCAUGUUGACAAGAAGCCGGGUAAAAUGUGGUCUUAAUGGGAUAAAUCAAUUCAUAUCCCUGUACUGGAGAAAGAAUUGUAGGGAUAAUUCCUGGACGAACACUUUUUACCGAAGGAUAACAAAAGAAACAAAUAGUCACUGUGCUGAAUUGAUUAACUGCAAUUUAGCGACUUAAUUAUACAUUACGUCUUGGUAUUUCUUUUGUACCCGCUUGGGAUAAAGGCAGAUGAAAUACGUCGGCUUUGAUUAUUUUGGGGAAGUAGGCUUCAUUCUCUCCACUUUCGUUAAUUCCAGAAAAUUAGACCACCGUCACAUAGUGCGCUUUUAUGGCGUCGUUAAGGACAGGGCCUCAGCCAGAGUGAUCUCUGUCUUGGAAAAGUGCGAAGAGAAUAUGAGGAGCCGUAUCUUUAAGAAUAAAGAGUCAAUUCCCAGCAGAUCAGGAGAUCCUGAUGUCCCUAAAGAUGUUUGCCGAUGGGCAAAAGAGAUAUGUGAUGGUCUGGUGUACAUACAUGGUCAGCAAAUCGUUCACAGAGACCUGAAGUUGGAAAAUAUCUUGGUAUGAUACACCAUUUUGUAUUUUUUUUUUUUUUUUGCUUACUGCUUUUUUAGUGUAAAUACAUGCUUAUUAAAGCGACAUAGCAAAUUUCCCUUUUAAGAGCGGUCGUUUCCAUUUUCAAAAAACUUAGAAAAGCUUUCAGUCACUAAAAAGAAAUACAUUGACAACCCAGAAACUGGGAUUUUUGUACGCUUGAUAUUUUCCUCCACUACCCUACCAAACCGAUCCCCAACUAUCAUUGUUCUGUAUAAUUCUUCAUAUCAUACCAAGGCCGCUGGAAUCCAUAUGUUUUAAUAUUUAUUCAAAAUAUUUCUAAUUGAAAAGCAUGCUUAGCGAAUAUGUGCUUAGCACAACUUUACCUUUAAAAUUCCUUGACGGCCUCAUCAUAACAUCCUAGCAAUCCAUUCGUGACAUUACUGGUAUAAAAACAUUUCGAGGAAAGGAAAAUAUGGAGUUUCAUCCCCGCCAAAAAUCAAAGUAGAUCACAACAUUCAACAUGACAGUUUUAACUGUCAUGUUGACAUUUGAGUCGAGAAAGAUCAACAUUACCUUUUACAAUUCAAUUUUGUAGUUCUUAUCGCAAUCGUUAUAACUUAAGACAUCAACUUUAAAAUUGAAAGUUAAACUGUGUCGAUCAACAUUCAAGUUUAUUGAUCAACAUUGCUCUUAGCACAUACGCUGUCCUUGAAAGAUGAAUUUUGAAUCACCAAGUUGGUUGAUGGUUGGGUUACCAAAGAUGUACCAUUCCAACCAUAACUCGAAUUUGAGACUUCAACUUUCGAUUCGAGAGUUCAACAUCAAAUGUCACUUUUUAACAUGCAACUUCGGCAAUCAACAUUAAUAUUGACCGUAUAGCAAAACCGUUAACAUUCGAGGCCAAUAAAAACAACGUUGAGUUGCACCGCUUAUCACUUCCGCCAAAAAUGUAUCUUCGGGGGGACUCUGUAAAACGAGGAGACGGACGUCGGACGGUGGAUGAGGAACGGCUGAGAAUAAUAAAUAAGGUUGAUAAAUAAAUAAGACAAAUUAAUUAAAAACAAGGAAAUAAAAUAUUAAAAAUAUAAAUAUCAGUUGUGACAUCUUCGGAUAUAGACAAAGUGAGCAGUUAUGUGGCUCCCUCGGAUAUCAGUUCUAACUCGUGCAGAUGGCCGAGGAGAAAAGAUCUGUACAACUGUCGUUUCAGUUUGGAAAAUUAUUUUUUGGCAAGGUCCGUGUACCUAUGUCGCGGAGAAUGUACAAGAGAUGGCGAGCUACGCUGAUGUAUUAUUUGGCUGGUAAGGGCCAAAUAAUACAGCUAUGUCCACUGCCUCAGAUCUCUUCCGGGUUAACUGACCCCGAUAACAAAAAAACGAACACAACUUUGAAACUAGUUGGAAAAGCGGGCUCGACCUCUCGCCCAGAUUCAAGCCUUUUGAAGAGGGGUGAGAGGAGAGCGUUCAAAGUGUACACAUUUGUUUAGUUUGUUUGUUUGUUGUUGUUUUUUUUUUUGCUCAUUUUUCAUUUCAUUUCAAGGAUCGAGCCACGAUGCGAGACAAAGAGGUCCCGACGCCUCUUGCGACACUCGUGGGCAUCACACUUCGAGAACUUUAACUUUAGAAAGAAAUUCUGUCUCUCAUGACCAGCUUGCUGAACACCUUUGCGAGCCCUGCUACUCAUCUUUAUUUAAAUUUUCUGUUAUCCUCUUCGCUGAGGAUUAACGAGAAAGGGUUUUUACUAACAGCUUUUUUCCGUACAAACAAUAACAUAUUGAUCUUUUUUUUCAAUAUAAAACUGAAUUUAACAGAUUUUCGUCACCUCUUAACCAAAAACACGUUUCAUCAACUCCUAAAGGUAGGGAAAAAAAUGGCAAACAAAAAAGUGUAACUUGUUUUGCAACAUGGCAGCAAAACAAGUUGAAUAGCGAUGUUGCACGUUUUACCAUCCAUGUUCAAACCUGUCAACAAUCUAAUCUGCUGCAAGAAAGGUUUAAUGUGGGUGAUAAAACGCGCAACAUCGCUUUUCAACUCGUUUUGCAGCAAUGUUGCGAAACAAGUUACCCGUUUUUUGUUGCCCGUUGUUUCGUACCUUAACCGGCAGGAGUAAGAAAUGUGCCAUCAUGAUAAAAUUUUCCCAGGGUUGGAACAUUCCUCGUGGUUUGAGAAAGCUCGAGCAAUAUGUUGCAUGCAUGCGUACAUGACCUGUGGCACAUUAAUCUCACCCUCGACAAAAUUCGUUUAAACAUAAGAGGUUGCUUGGAAAUAAUAGUAUUGUUCGGCUUACUUUAUCUGUUUUUAGCUCACCCCUCUUCAAAAGGCUUGAAUUAAGGCGAGAAGCCGAGCCCGCUUUUCCAACUAGUUUUAAAGUUUUGUACGUUUGUGUGUUUGUUAUCGAAGUCAGUUGGUCCAGAAGAAAUCUAAGGCAGUGGACAUAAACUGCGGCAAAAACAAAAUAUUAUGAAUAUUGCAAAAUUUAACAUACUGCUGUACCUACCGGCCAAAUAAUGCAUCAGCGUAGCUUCCAAUCUCUUGUCCAUUCUAGUCCAUCAGCUGGAAGGAUUUUAAUUACUCACUUUUGGGGAACAAAAUUAAAGAAACUUAUUAUUCAUUCAAAAUAUUUCCCCAAUUCUGAUUGGCUAAAGGCACGCGCAUAAUUCACCAUAACCAGUUACUGAUGACCAAAUUUGGAAGAAUUUUGACUUUAACGAGGAGAUGACGUCAAAAAUGCAGCGUUCUUACAGGUUAAGGCACCGUGGGAACGAGGCUGAGUUGUUUUGGUUGUGAAAAUAAAAAUGGCGGACACUUCACUCGUUUCAAGAGUAAAAACUACGGUUGGAACUAGGCGUAAUAAUAGCAAAAAAACAUAGCAAAAACAGCAAGAAGACAAUUCGGAGGGCGACAUCUGCUAUUUGGAGAAUAUUUGGCGAGCUGGACAAACGUAAACGUAAACUAUCGAAGAUGAACUUAACAUCGAUGCUGGUAAGCUUGUUUUAGCUAUGUUUUUAAACUAGGAAUUGUUUUGAAUGAAUAAUAAAACAAUUAUUGAAUUCGGCUUUCGUAUCAUAUGAAGAAUUAUGGAGAUCUCGGAGGGUGUUAUCCGCCACGGCCUAAGGCCUCGACAGAUAACACCCUCCUCGAUCUCCAUAAUUCUUCAUAAGAUACUCAGCCUCAUUCAUUAAUUGUUAAUUAUUUAUUUUAAUCUUUGUCUAUUCAGGAUUGUGAAAAGGUAUGAUAGCAAUCCUAGAACGGUAGCUUUCAUCCUAAAAAUUACAUUUCAAAUAUGCUCCCUCGGCUCACCCAAUGGCUCCCAUUUUGUUUUUUCCUGAAAUUAGCCUUUACGUUCAUGUAUUUUAUAGAAUACGUCGGAAAACGGAGAACAAUGCAUUCAAAACAAGAAACGAAGAUCCUGUGCAUGUUAAGUGUCAAUGCAAAAGAAUUUUCUUAUUACGUCGUGAAAGACGUCACACAUAAUUCACUUAUUUACAACAGUGCAAUUACCGAGCGAUUCGCUAAAUUGUUUUCUUUACAUCAUAAACUAGAAAAACGUUUAUCGCAGAACCUCGCGUGAUGACUCAUGAUUAAUGAAUAUGCUGUACCCUCAUUAGCGAAAAGUACCAAAUCAUUUAUGGAAGUGUUCAUAGCGGAGCUCCACGCGCACGCGAGCGUAUCCCCACAGCUAAAAAAAUCUGCCCAUCGGAGAAAAUUUGGUAAUCACUUGACCGCACACCGACCGUGCGACCGUCCGUCCGCACCACAGGCAAACCAAUGUUUAAUCUUCUUAACAGCUCGCACUGAAAGUUUGGCCCUUGUCAAAGAGAGAACCAAAUGGCCGUAUAGGUGAUUUUGGAAAUUUUUUUGAACGUUUCGCUAAAAGCCCAUUAUUACCCAGCACACCACAUAGAAGCAUAUUCUUCUGACUGAACAGUCGAGACAUUAUGAAAUUCUCUUCAUGAAAACUUUUUAUAAUGUGGUUAUUCUCUAAUUUGUUGUGCAAAGGAACCGCGUGCUUCGAUCGUCCAGAACAUUGAAUGAGCGCAAUUUGUCUUGCGAAAUUGGGAAAAACUGCACGCUAUUUCAAGGUCUGUAUGAUAAGAAAACAGCGUCUCAUAGUACUGUUUACCUCAGAUGUGAUGUAUAAAAAGUAUAAAAAGCUGGUUUACACGCCACCAGAUUUGUUGGCAAGAUUCUGUAAAGUAAACUUGUCGAACACGAAAAAUUCGGCCUCAUUUAUUAUUUUGGCCUCCUUUUUAGAUUGGCUGCCACCAAGGACUAUCUUGUCUUUUUAACAGGCCUUUAUAGCAUAAAAUCAAAUUUCGGUGCUGUCCAACUGCAGCCUGUAACGUGGUGUAGGUGAGCCAUUAGGUUAUUUUGUUUGGGAAUAAUUUGUUUUCCAGGCAAUCUACUGUGAUUAAGAGCCAUUAAAAGCCCUAAUUUGCAAAAGAAAGAAAAACGCUGAAAUAUUCUGGUCUUAGUAGUAAAAUGAUGUCAUCGUGCAAAUGGCCCAUUCCCAGACUGACAAUCAAAUGUACACAUUCCCUGACCAAAUGAAUUGACAAUUUGUCCAGCUAUUAAUGGCUUCCGAAUUCCAGUCAAAACUUUGAGUACUGGACACAGAUGACGUAAAACAAAAGAAUUCUUUGUUUGUUUGGUAUCAGGCACCAUUAACUUAGCCACCUCCAUGCCCUGCCCUUGGAAAAAAUGCAAGAAAUGUAAGAAGAGUUUAUGAAACUCGAACUGAAUACUCCAGAGUCAGAACCACCAGUGCACGAAACGUUAAGUGUCUUCCAAACCGAUCUCUUGUUAAGGGACAAUGAAGAUUGGUUCAAUGAUAAACCGUGCAAGCUACCUUAAACUAAGUACAUUUGGAAGUCGAUUCCUUAUUUCCUCCAGUGGUACACCCUCUCAGGAACAAUCUAAUUGCACCUCUUGAAACAGCUCGAGGGAAGCUCACAAAGAUGGAAGAGAACAGGAUGAUUUUCAAAGAAGAGGAACACACUCCUUGGAGCACUUCAACCUCAAAGAAUUCAUACUUUGCAUACAUACAUAGAUACAUACAUACUUUAUUGUUACCUCCCCAAAGGGGCUUUUCAGGAACAAUGAUUAUAUUACAUUAUUUAUAAUAAAUAAUUACAACACUUAAUCUAAUACUAAUUACAAUGUUAGCUAAUUACUAAUUACAAUGUUUUAAACUUAACUAAGAAGAAUUUUUAAAAAUUUCAACAAAUGGGCUUAACUUAAGAAAAGAUUCCAAAUUGUUCCAAAGUUUAACAGUCCUUUAAUAAAAGGUUCUCUGUCCGGAGACAGUUCUGAAAAGAGGGACGUUUAGCUUUUGGCUACUCCGAGUUGUUCGUUCGCUAACUUGCUCACGGGUAAUAAAUUGGGAUGUAAGAGUUUCAGGGGCUUGACCGGUCAUGCAUUUGAAGGCCAUAAUAGCUUGGCGAUAGUACAGUUGGUCCUUAACAGGCAACCAAGACAGGCUUUUUAAGAGGGGUGUUACAUGAUCAUAUUUUUUCGCGCCGCUGACGAUUCGGCAAGCAAAGUUUUGAACGGCCUGAAAUUUUCUAGUAUUCUUAUUUGUGGUAUUUGCCCAAACAUAAUGUUCGAAUUGGUAUUGACCCGAGAGAACUGACCAAAGCCCUAAAGAGACCACUGUUUAUACGAAUACCUAACGAAAUCAAACGGUGUGAAUAAAUUGGCAAACAAUUUCGCUAAACAAAAAUGUAAAUAAAACAAAGCGAGUAAGAAACAGUGGGUGCAUUUGCUUGUAAAUGUCCGUUGUGGCGAGAUAAAUAAGGACCUAUAGAUUUGAGCAAGAGUUCGAGUUUUCUAAUCCAGUUCUUGUGCUUUAGAUAAUCAAUUAUCACAACAGCCCUACCCCUUACGUCUCUUUAUGUGCUGGCUAGAAAGAGUGAGCGUUCUUGGGACAAAAAUAGCUCGAAAUUUCAACGUAAUAGUAAUCGAUCAGGUGUACUCGUAGUCAUAUCUAAAUAUAGGCGAUUUUGUUAUUUCGGACGGAAAUUAGUGGCCAUCACCAUUCAGGAGAAGUGACAGUUACAGAGGCAACAGUAAAUGUAUUGCAAGGCUGUCCGGUGUUUUUUUUUUUUUUUUUCAGAGGUGAACGUUUUAUAGGGAGGUUAGAACUAGAGUAAAUGUCCUGUCUGACGCAACAAAGAAAGUUCCCGCUGUGGAAAGGAGGCCGUUAGAAGAAAUUCGACUUUUGUGUUUUUGUUUGUGUCUGUUUGUUGGUUCAUUAACGUUCACUGAAUAUGCAGUUCAGUUGAGUAUCUUAGUGACCAAUUCGUUUUUCUUAAAGGUUUCAAGAGAUAACUCGGUUAGAAUUGCCGAUGUUGGCUUGGCUAAAGCAGUAGAUGACAUCACAGGAACUGUCGCGGGAACAUAUGUUUAUAUGGCUCCUGAAGUGCUUCAUGGCCGUGCGUACGACAGCAAAGCAGACAUAUACAGCUUGGGUAUCAUGUUGUGGGAAAUGUGGUAUGGAAAACGGGCGUUCCUUGACGUGAAUAUGGUUAUCACAUCACUCGAGCUGUUUCGUAAAUUGGUGGAUGUGGGUUGUCGUCCUGAACACCUCGAAGGCUGUAAGAAACCUCCCAUUCGCUGGGAGAAUGUUUUUACACAGUGCUGGGAAGGAAACCCAGAAAGUCGUCUGACAGCUGCAGUAUGUGCAACAGAAAUGAGGAUGAAGCAGAUGGAGUUUGACGAAGCGGUUUGCUCUAUUUCAAUCGGUUAUGAGGAGUUAGAAUGGAAAGAGAACGUAUCUUCAAGCUUCUCUGACGGAGUAGUUGGUGUUUUCCAAGGGAUAAGAAAACGAAAAGAUGACGUCCAAACUGAUGUGACACUGAAGUUAUGUAGAGAAGGGUUUGAAGCUAUCAAGGCAAAGGAAACCGUGACAUUGAUGAGGCAAUUGAGGUAAGCAAUUUUUUGAAUCCUACUCUUAAGAUACCCUCUGAGCAAACUCUCAUAUUGGAAUGAGGAAUAAGUUAGUACCUAUAUUUUCGUACGAACUCAUGACCUAUAGCCCUCAAACCUGCCUAAUAACGAGAGCUUAUUAUAAAAUCAGCCGUCAUUUAAGGACAAGUCCUAACACUAUAAAUAUGGUUUAAAAUACGUUAACCCUUUGACGACCGCCAGCGCCGGAUCCCACGGGUCGAAAAAAUGGAUUUGGUUCAAAUUUGCUCAGCGCAAAUAUGAUGCAAAUUUGUGCAAACUGGGAAAUAAAUCUGAGCAGAGGUGGUAAAUGCCGAUUUUGCAUACCUAUUUACACCCCGGUGAGCAAAUUUGAAGCAAAUCAAUUUUUUCGUCGGAGUAGCGAAAACCAAUGAAUUCACCAAUUCCCUUUUUUUGGACUGGUUGUCGGACAAUUAGCAUGGGAAUGGCUAACAUGAGUUUUGCAACAAUACGAGCAUAUUUUCGGAGUAAUCGGAUGUAGUUAAGCAGCUUUUUGUUUUGUUUUUCGCUGAUGCGCAUAAGCAUGAAUCUGUUUCGAUCUGUCUUUCUCGCUCUUUCUUUUUUUCUUUGCAAUUUUUUUUAUAUCCAGUUUUGUUGUUCACUUUAAUCGUGUUAAGAAGCCUUUCACAACUUUAAUUAGGAAAGAGUAGUAGGUAAAUAGCGAAAUUGGCAGUGGAUUUUUCCCCAAUCUGUUACUUGUUUUAUUUGUGUGUAACUCUCUCAGGAUUGGUCAGAAUUUCCAACCCGAGGUAUUUGUGGAAAAGUCUAUCUUUGGUGACAAUGCUGCUUACCAACUUAAUAGACGAAUCUUUUCUGACGUCAUUGUUUACACUUUUUCCUCAUUAGCAUACGACUUAACUCAUAGACGCCGUGGCGGUAUAUAGGAACUAAAUAAAAAAAGUGGAAAGAGCUGAAAAAGUUGAGCAACUUGUGCAAUUUUCAGCUCUUUUCAAGCAAUAUUGAAGGAAAUAUCAGCCAUCAAAAACUUCUAAAUUGCUGUGUGUAGCAAAAAAGUUAAUGAGCCAUACAUUGUCUGUAAAAUUUCGAGAAUUUCUCUGAAACAAAUCGGUGUAUUGGGCUCAAAUUUUCAGAGAUAACUGAAACUGUUAUACCUUUUCAAUAUUCAGAGGUUUUAUUUCAUUAGCGUCAUCAGAUAGCGAUAAGCAUAUGUUAAUGAGGCAAAAAGUAUAAACAAAGAUUCGCCUAUAGAAACUGAAAGAUAAUCGUCCAGGAAGAAAAAAAUGCAUCGUUCCAUAUACAUCGAAAACGACCAAAGCGGUCUUCAGGGGGUUGAAACUAAGACCGGUCCUGUGGAGUACAAAUACCGUGAGAUAUUUCUACUCGUUUUCGAUGUUAUUUGUACUCUACUGAGUGAAGUUUAAUAAUCAUACAAAUUAUUUAACUUGGAAAGAGGGGAAGUCUACCUUAUCAUAUUUGUCGAUUUUCAAAGACAUUUUAUAUGGUUUUGUAUCAGAAACAAUAAUUCUUGAACUGCACUCACUUGGAUUCUCAAAAAAAAUCCAUGCCUACUUUGCCCAGGUAACAAGUACCUUAUGGACAUAUUUUUUAGUCCCGCGACUAUCAUUUUAGGGCCAAUUUUAGUAAUAUGUGUCUUUCCCUAUUUUCAAGAGAAUCUUCCAGAUAAUUACAUUUUGCCAAUGACUCUAAUCUUUAUUCAAAUUGUAUCCCUAUAGUCCUCCCUGGAACAGUCCAGUAACUAAAUUCUACCCAGCAAGCGUUUAGAAAUUCGAUUUGUCGGUGUAAUCAUGAUAAGGUCAGCACCGUUCGAUUGGCUUCGGUAAUCGAACAUUUAUUUUAGUUUAUUUUGCUGUGAGUUCGAUUAUCGAACCAAUCGAUCUCAAUCCGAUUCGAUUUUGUAGGGAAUCCUUUUCUUGGUAAGUAAAUCACGCAGGUGCAAUCAUAAUCAACAAGGGAAGGCUUUUAAAUUGGGCUGCAAAUAUAACCAAUUUUUUCCCUUAGAUUUUGAGUUUAUAAUUACAAGUGAGCGUCCUUAUCAUUCACUGGCAUUGUUUUCAAGUUUAGUUAUAAUGUUUACAGUAUGUUUGAUGUUUGCUACCUUGAGAUAUUCGGUGUGACCUGUCGUAUUAAAAACCUCUUUUAACUGGUCGAAACUUUUAAAAUGCUACAACAACCGGAUUAACCAAUAAAUAAGGGUUCUUUCAGCUGGAUUCCCUAACUCACCAAAAUAGUCUUAUUUUAACUCAGAAUUUUUACAAAUUGAAUUAUUUGACUUUUCCAAAUAGGUUAUUAAAGCACGAUCACAUUGUAGGCUUUUUUGGUGUUUCACUUUGUAUGGGGAGGGAAAUCACGGUAGCGACCUUGGUUCUGGAAAAGUGCACAGGGAGCCUAAGAAAUUACAUGUCUCAACGACACCCUCAGGCCCAAGCCGACAAACAAGUUGCAUGGGAGUGGGCAAAAGACAUCACUGAAGGUCUAGCGUACAUCCACGAUCAAGGAAUUAUACACGGACAGCUCAAGCUGGAAAAUGUCUGGGUAUGAUGAAGUAUAACCUUUUGUCAUGUUCUAUUUUGCUUAUAUCUAAACACAGGUCCCUGUAACCCUUCUUCCUAAAGGGCAAUUGUAGGUACAACAUAUUAACUUAAUCUUCAUUGUUGAAACAUAAAUGAUUCGUUUGUUAGAUAAAAUACCAAGACAUAAUUCAAAAGAAGAAACGUAAAGCCUAUUUAACUGUCCACAAACGUUCAGCAUCUAUGGGAAUAGUGGAAGGAAAAUGGGGGUUUACCACCAAGGAAGAAUCAAAUGUCACAAUGACAGGGCGCAGAGAAGUUAUUUGUGACCUCAAUUGAAGUUACAGCCGAUAUAGUCCGGUGGCUUAGUUCGGGAAUUGUGCGAUUUUUGAUACAGGCACCAGACUUUGUAGGAAUAUUUACAUUCACAUACUGGCCAUUUCCUGAAAAAGUGCCAACUAAAAUUUUCUAAUUCGAGCUAGUUGACAGCAAAUGAAAUUUUUAGACUCGAGCGCCCUCGCGAAGUACUUAGAGACAAGAUUUAUGACAAUACGUCCGAAACGUCCUUGAGAAGAAAGCGUUCGAAAGUUAUUUUUAGUUGCGAAAAUGAUCGCUUUUUUAACCAACCUCUCUUUUUUCGACCGUUCUUCCGUCAAUUUGCAUGGAAUUUCAAAGAAAAAAGAUUUUCAAUAUUUUGCGUAUAUUUUCCUAUUUGGAUGUGAUUAAGCGUCAUUUCUUUUUUUUGGCGCAUUCGCAUUUGGGAAUAAAUUUCGAUCAUUCUUUCUUGCUCUCUUUUCUUUUACUUUCUUUUUAUAUCUAGUUUUGUUACCCACAUUAUCGGUUUUUUUUCUCAUGGAAUUUCACCUGCCUAAGUUCCCAGGAAACGAGCUAAAUUUUGUUUGGAAAGAGUAGUAGGUGAAUAGCGAAAUCGGCAGUGAAUCGAAUUUUUCCCAAAAAUGUGAAUCACUGACUUAAACUCGUGUGAAGUAACUCCUGAUUCAGAAAUUUAUGAACUGCAUCGUUACAUAUUGACCCGAAAUGAACCGAUCCGUAGCCACGAGGUUAAUGGCGACUUUAAUUAAGCAAGGACGACGUAAGGGUCUAGGACGGUGAUUUUUUUCCUGCCACCCGUCAAUGCCUUUUAGGAAAUUUGGCAAAUUCAGCACUUACUUGUGUUUUACCAGCCCCAUUCGCAUCACUUGGCGAGAUGUUAUUCUUAAAAUAUCUACUUUUCCGUUAACUGUAUUUUGCGUAUUUGGCCGGAUUUUUUAACUCGUGUGUCGUGCCUUACACCGAAUUUGAGGCUCAUCAAAAACUAAAUUUCCAAGGAUGACCAAAAAAACGAUAAAAUGCGUUUAUCUUGCAAUUCUGUUUCAAAUAUACAACUAAAUAAUUACAGUCGCACCAGGUCAACCGUACCCCACUAAGUUAUAUAAAAGACUCGAUCAUUUGAAAAUUGAAUCCGUUAGUCGUUUCUGCAACCAGUAUCAAAUUCAAAUUUGCAUUCCUGCGUGCUUAAUGAGUGGUGAAUUUUUUAACGAUAACUUUUCUGUUUUCGGUCAGAUUGAAAAUCUUUGAGAGCAUAAUAUAUAGAUUUAGCCAGGGCUAAAAGCGAGGCUCCCAUUAGUAAAUUUAUAAUUUAAAUUAAACAAUAAACUUGUAUUCGAAUUCCACAAUUCAGUUAACUUUAGAGCACAUUUAUGUGACUUUUGAGGGAAAGGCUACCUGAUUUUAGAGAAAAAUAAUUUGCAAACAGCCCAAGAGUGAACCAAAUCUUACAUCGAGUUGAUAGCCUCAUAUGUACACUCAAAAACUGGUAAUCAUCUUUUAUCACAUUUAAGAGCCGUAAUGGCUAUUGAUCACCGUAGAUCAAUUAGGCUUAGAAAAAAAACCAGGCCAACGUUUUGGCGUUCGACAAGUUUACUUUGCAAAAUCUUGCCAACAAAUCUGGGUGCGUGUAAACCAACCUUUUAUCCCAUGGACAGAAAGCAGUAUUUCACAAUACAAAUUGCUGUCAUUCAAUAUUCAUAAACUGUUAAAAAAAAUUUCCAAAAUCACCUAUACGGCCAUCCGGUUCUCACUUUUGUAGUGCGAGCUGUAGCGAGUGUUUGAAUGAACAUUAACAGAGUUACGCUCCAAGAUAAUAAAGAAUUUAUCAUGUUUAUUUUUUAUUUGAUGGUUUAACGCGCGGCAUUUUGAGAACUCCUGCAAGCGAUGUUCACUGAACGACUGAAAACAAUCGGCAUAGCGAUUAAAAUUGCAAGAGAGACUACUAACAAUCAAUAAAAGAAAUAUAAUUCGGUGAAACAUAAACAGAGACAACAAUUUUCAUUCAGGAAGACAAGUAUUAAAGUGUCCCUAAAUAUCCUGAAUCUUCAAGCUUAUGUUUUAAGCCAGCUUCCCGGUGUUUGUUUUUUCAAAGACGAACUCGAGGCAAGAAAAUCGCUCAACGCUUUCUUUUCCGGCUGGAAUUAUAACUAAAGAUUCUUUGGAACAUUUUCUUUCUAUUUGCGGUGAGAAACUGUCUAAAGGCUUUUUAAAGUUCUGUAAGAUUAUAUCAAACCAGAUACUCGGUGAGAUCGUUGUCUCAAAUCUUACAAACGCGCAUAAACUAAAUUCCCGCAUAAACUACGCUCCACUUCAUUAAAUUAGAUACAAAAAACAAACAUGAAAUACAAUAAUUUCUCUGGCUUACCAUUCGAGAUGCAGCUCCUGAAAGUUAUCAGCUCCUGAAAGUUACCAGUAUCGCUUCAGACUUUGCAAUCCUCUUACGCAUCAAGCAAGGUGAAAACGAAAACGAUGCCAUCCGAAAUCGGAUUUCCGACUUUGACAAGCGACGUUUUCUCAACCAAAAACCCAAUAAACAAACUAGCCAUGAGUAACAGAAGACUCCUGAUAGCGGCUGAAUUUCAUUUUGUACAUCCAGUGGAAAAAGACAGUUAAAAACAUCACAAGUUGACACAAAACUCUGUCAGCUUCAGCUGUUAAAGUAAACAAGAUUCAAGAUGCUGCAUAAAUUUUGCGCAUGAACUCACCUGUCAAAUUUUGACCAAUCAGAGCAUAAAAAUUGGACGUAGAGCGUGACCAACGCGUGACCAUUGUGAGAAAAAACAAAAGCAACUGUCUUCCCUGCCUGUAACAGCUGGCUGAAUUUUCACGUCCGAGGUCAGUUUGCAAUCAAAAUUUUAAUUGUGCAGCACAUAAACACAACAUAUUUCAUAUGAAUUAAAAAAAAAUUGAACUUGAGCCUGCGAUCACUUGAAAACUAGUUUACUUGUCAGCGGAUAACUUCAAAAAAUACUUGACCUCGACGGGUCGACACCUGAGCCCGCGAUACGGUCAAGUGAUACUGGUCAGCGGGUACUCUGUUUUGACAGCUGUCAAUUGAUCAAAACAUUGAUGUCCAAUAUGUGUGCAUUAUCAGUUUUCCUGUGCUCCCAAACUAGUAAAAGUAUGGGAUUGAACGUUGUUCGCGAUCUAGUAAAACAGUUAACUGGUCAGCGGACAGCUUCCAAAUAAAUCACGUCACCUCGAUGAGUUGACACAUGAGCCCGCGAUAUGGUCAUGGGAUACUGGUCAGUGGCUAUCCUGUUUGGACAGCUGUCAAUUGACCAUAUUGUUGAUGUCCUAUAUUAAACAUGUGGACUUGCCAAGACACGCCUGAGACACCCCUCCCUUCCUUUUGAUAGUCUCCCCUACCCCACCCAUACAAUCUGUAGACGCGUACGUACGUACGUACGCUCGGUCAAUCACGUGACAACCAAACGAAAAGAGGUUGACCAUAUUCCAUGGGUAUGGGGCUCUGUCCCACGCGCGCUUCGCGCGCGCGGGAGCCCCGCUAAAACUGCUUUGAAGACAUGUAUAUCAAGUUUAGGAAAACUGAGCCGGUAGAAAUUUCAUAACUACCUUGCAUGAAAAUUCACUGCUCAUUAGGGGUGCAGGAACGCAGAGAUUAAUCUGAAAUCUACAACUAUCAAAGGAUUCAACUUUCGCAUGAAAAUUCAUUAAUGGAAUCCAGAAUCUCAAUGGAAUCUUGGGGGCUGGCUUGACCUGGCGUGACUGUAACAUACUUGACACUGCGGCCGGCCAUGAUCUCCUGCGCAUUCGGGAAGACUAUUACGACUAGAAACUUGCUUGUUUUUGUUUUUGUUUUAGGUUUUGUUGUUGUUUUAAGACUCCCCAUCCCCUGGAAUUUCCAUUCCAGGGAGUGCUUGUCAAACCCUUACACCCCUGGAAUUUCCGUGAUUUUUCCAUCUUGUUUGAGUGCGCCCUGGAAAUAAUAUUAGCCUGCGAAAACAUCCGUUUCUCCUCGCUCUUCGCCGCUGGGAACGUUUCGCACGGAGGAACGUCUGUGACUCAGCGACAGAAAUUCCAUACUGAUGACGCAAUUCUAUGUUUACAUAAUAAAUCCGGUAGUCAUGGGGUUCCAAAUAUAAAUUUGCAUUGUCCAAUUUUACGUGUCUUCUGGUCGAUUUUGGUAAAGUGUUGUGCUUAGUCUGCCAUCGAGCUCCAGCAAAACUCACAUGCUUCUUGUAGAGAAGACUAUAUUCCACAAAUAUUGACUGUUCUGUUAGAGAUUCUUCGCGUUUACAUUUGACUUUUAUGGCCUUUUGUCUUUUGUCUGUCAUUUGUAAACAAUAGCUAAAACAAUGUAACUACUCCGUCGACCAAUCAGCUCUUCUGACCGAAUUCCGGACAAAUUUUACGUCAUCAGUAUGGAACUUCUGUCGCUGAGUCGCAGACGUUCCUCCGCGCGAAACGUCCCUAGCGGCGAGGAGCGAGGAGAAACGGAUGUUUUCGCUGGUUAAAAUGAUAUUUUCGUCAAAAAUGCUUUUGCAUUAUUACUACAAUGCGAAAUGUGCUUAUUUUUUUGCAAUAAAGUGAGAAAAAUCUUUUUAUUCAUGUUAAUAUACGGUCUAAUAAACUCUAUUUGGCCUUGUAGAAGUCUUUCGUAGCUCAGUAAUAAAUACGGUAAUUAUAAGCCAGUACCGAAGAACCAUGGAGGCGAUACCUUAAACUACACGAAUAAUGCUAACAGCUAUCUGUAAUACGAUCAGUUACAUUAAAAAUAAACACCAAAUGAACUUCUUUCAGUUAAAACAUGUUUUAGGAGGGGGUGAAUACCAUAAUAGUGAAAUAAAGCAACAGCUACAAUUGGUGACAAAAUUGGUUGAGGAAGUUCGCCCUAACGGUCUUUCUGACGUUUUACUGACUUCAAAAGGGGAAAAUAAAGCUUUUCCUUCCUCAUCUCCUUCAUGCAAUAUUGUGCCACUGUUCGAGCUACCUAUAGAAAACAACAAAUACCCCAACUUUAACAGGAGAGAAGGGAGGAGGGGUGUAGAUUCUCUUGUUCUCUGACCCUAUUUGAGUAUAAUGUCUCAACAAUUUUGUCGCUGAUUGUAGAUAACCGGGAGUCGAUGACGUUGCCCUCUGGAGGGAGGGUAUGAAUAUGUUCUGGAACUACACAUUUUUUUGCCAUCACUGCACGACCAUGAUGUAAAAAUGCCUAAUUUCAGGUUUUAUGGUGGACGUAAACAAACAAAGACAAAUUUUUCUUCCCUUUCUGAACUUAGAUAUGAUCUCGCCUACAUUUGAGGAAGUUCGCAAUAAAGUCUGGCAAAAAAUGCAAAUUCAUUUUUUUAUUAAAAAGCCACGUUUUUACUGCUGUCACCACUGAAACCUUGGGUUUUCACGCGUGGUGGGAAAAAAUUAAUUCGGUCACAGUACAAGCCUCUUGCUUAGUCCUUGUUUAAAGAGCCCAAUAAUGGAAUAGUAACUUCAUUGGGUGGACUUAAUGCAAAAUAACAGGUUUGAUGACAUCAUGAGGCUAAAACUCGUUUUUCGUUUGGAUCGAGUGGUGCAUGAAAUAAUCGAUUAUUUCAAGUAAAAUAGAUGAAAUGAGUUUCUGAUAUCAUUUUUUUGUUUCAGUCAGUAUUGUGCUGUUAUAGAAUUUAUUAGUUGUCUACCACUUUAAGGUGUCAGAGAAGAAGUCAGCUAAGAUCGCUGUCACUGGCAUGGAUAGAAUAGCGAAGGAUAUCAUUGGUGCUUUCGUGGAAACCCCUAUUUAUAUGGCACCAGAGGUGCUUCGUGGCGAGGAAUACGACAGCAAAGCAGACAUCUACAGCAUGGGGUUAAUGUUUUGGGAGAUGUCAUAUGGAAAAGUGGUCUCCUGGGACAUCCCGGCAGACUUAACGAGGGAAGAAGUGCUCCGUAAGGUGGAAAAAGGUUAUCGCCCAGAAUUUUUGGAUAAGGAACCUUACGAAGCCUCUCUUUCCCAAUGGAUUCAGUUAAUAAAAGAAUGCUGGAACAAAGAUCCAAAAUCACGCCCCACGGCUAAAGAAUGCGGCGAACGAAUAAAGAAAGUAGAAAGUUGUCACUAUGAAAGUGAACAAUUUUUUAAUAGUUUUUUGAUGGUGAUGCCGUUUAACAGGUAAAUGACUUGACAAUUUACAUUAGUGAUCCGGACGUCUCGUUAUUCCUGUAUAAUUAUGUUUUGGUUACAUUUCAAAAUAUAGCGUUUUUGUUAUUUACUUUUUGUACUAGUUAAGAGCACGAGUACCAAGUCCAGAAUAGGCCACAGCCUUUAAAUAUCACUAAAACAAAAAAACUGCAGAAUUCUUAACGGCACGUUUCGUCUGUUGUUUUGAAGAGUGAAUCCAUAGUCAAGCUGAGCCAGUCAGCUUAUUUCAUCAACGUUUAUGUCCUGAGUACGAAAGCUAACUUGUUGACUUGGCCAUGUGAUGAAGCAUUUAGUAGAGUCUUCGUGUAUUAUAAGGGUAUACGUUAAGUACUCGUUUUUUAAAGAUUAUUCCAUAUUAUACUACUUUUUUCCGCCUGCUGAGUAAUGUAAAUGUUGAUGCAAAAUGUAGCUAGUAUACAGAAAGAUGUCGCAAUAUUAUUAAAUGAAACUGGCAUCGGAAUAUAUUCUUUUUGUUGGUGUAGGAAAUUUCAAUUGGCUUUUAGUUUUGCUUCAAUAAUGUUUAUGGUGUUUCACCAUUCGUAGUAGUCUUUGGAUGAAAAGCAUGUUACGUAAGGCAAUUGAGUUUUCAGGUUCUUCGUCUUCGUUCUAACUUUGAUUAGAGAUGAUUCUAGAGUGACUGGAGUUUGUGGAUGAAUUUCCAACGUGUGAAUACAGAGCACAACUUUUCAGCAGUUUGUUUUUGUUAUGCUUAUGUAGGAAUGUUCAAUCUUUUGUCAUAUACCGCAUAUUACUUUUCUGUGGUUCUUAUGUACAAGCGAGUAUAUUUUUUGCCAGGUGGAAAAAAAUAGUCGUGUGAAAUGAAAGCUACUAAUUAUAAGCAUCGUGACUUUUCGAGACUCUUGAGUCUUAAUGGAAAUGUAUGAAAUGACUAAUUUUUUGAACUGCAGAUAAAGAUAUGAAAGUGUGGAAAUGGAAAUACUCGGAUGUCAGCCAUUCAUAAAUGGAUUUUAGUUACUAAGCAGCAAUAUUCGUAUUAACAAUAGUGGUAUCAAGGUCCACUAGAAAAAAAAAACUAGGUUUGUAAGUUGGAAACUGUUUAGCGUAACUGUUAAGUUGAGAAUAUGUAUUGAAAUGUCUGAUAUCGUCUGCGUUUUAGAGUUUAAUUCAGUUCGCCAGAUCCAACCACGGAUAUCAAAAAUCAAAUUCCAUACAACAUGUACAUCAAGUAAAGUUAUAGUUUCACUUUGGCCGGAAGUGAAGUUCGGUUUCAGAACCAGUUCCUGGCCAAGGCCAUUGUUGCUGGGUUUAGACUGGGCUUCGCCUGAGCGACCUUUAAAAAAGUAACGAUACGUUUUCCAAUGAAACAAAAAAAUCCUGUUGGACAUCAGGUUGUGGGGUCCCGUGGAAAUCAAUUUUUUUUUUUAAGUUUUAGCAGGUUGAAAAAGGUUAAAAAGGUUAAAGGCUUGUUUAUAGUGGAAAUUGCACUUAGCUUGUACAGCUAAUUUACAGGCACUCCACUCAAAUAUUUAGAAACAAAUAAUUCAAAUACAACAUAACACGAUUAAAAACCCCAACUGGCAGAAGGCAACCAGUUGGCUAUUUACAAGCGUAGCCGAGAAUUUGAACUCGGCACGACCGAGCACAAAUCCAGCAAGUGGCCUGAGCGGGACUCGAACCCGUGACCGCCGGAUUGCGAGUCCGACGCGCUGACCACUCGGCCACGCUGCCUCCCUCGCAGGAUACCAAAACCAAGAAAAAUGCUGGCGAUAUAGACAGUUUAAGCAGCACACACUGAUGCGCUGCCUCGUACCCAGACGUCUCUCUCUCGGCGAUGAAAAUUUGUGCUCAUUUUUCGCGCUUGCCUCUAUGAGAAACCAUCCAAAAAACGAAGCGCCUGAGGAGAAGGCAGCACUGAUGCGUGCUUCAAGUUCCAUACAGCUAGUUUCUUUUAAGAUAAGCGAUAAACAUUUUAUACAGAAUAUCGCGUGGGGUCAUCAAACCACCCUUCAAAUGUGGCAGUUUUGGCUAAUUUCACGUAUCUUGAUUCAUAAUUAUUUCUUUUCAUUAAAUUUUUAAUUUGAAAGGUAAACUUGUCUCAUCUGAAAAAGCUCUUGAGGCAAGUACAGAAAACCGUUUCUCUAAGCAUGAGACUUAGUACUCGAGUUAUAGGACUUCAAAGAAAUUUAAGAGCAACCCGCGGAACCAUACUUUUUCUUUAACAAAAAGAUCCUUUUGAGUUUUUCGUUAAAAAACUUUUCAUAGUUGCCCAAGAUUGUGUCUUUUUAUUUUUUCUUUUUGAUUCUAAAACGCAAAAUUUCAGUAAAAUAUUCUAAAAAAUGAUCACGUGAAAUUUUAUGGUGUUUCAAGUCUUUUUUCCUGGAUUUAACGCAGUUAAGAAUUCCCGUUUUGACUUUUUUUUUCUCGGCUAAUUUUUGACAGUAAAUAUAUGUGGUGUACACCUUAUAUGUGUUGACGACGGGACAAUAAAACCUAUUAUAGAAGGGGGAUACCCCGUUGUUACCCAAUGAGUUUUUCCAGAUUCAAAACAUGGCAUAUCUCAGUUCAUAUUUGCGAUACAGGAAAAAAAAACUUUUCAGCGACCAACUCCCAACGAAAAGUUAUUUUGAAAACGGUCUAAAAAAUCGGUAGAUUUAAAAGUUCUAGAUUUACGUACAGAUGACGUCAGCAAAGUAACGUCAUAAUUUGACAUUUGGAGUCAUUCUAUAUGUCAAUUUGAUUGGCCUGAUGUUUUAUAUUUUCAGGCCAAGUUUGGUAAAGAAAGAGUUAAAGCCGGCGAAGUUAUUGUAGAUUGACAGAAAAUGCCACACUCUUAAGACACAUUUUAAGGAUGGUCAAUGGCCCCACUAUGAAAAUGAUUUUUUGUUGAUUUACAAAUAUAACAACAUAAAUCAAUUGCACAAAAGUCAUGCUUGUUGUUUUGUAACAGACAUUUUAAAGUUGUUUAGUAUUAAAUGAUAACAAUUGUCAGUGACAAAGUAUAUUCAUCACGCAUUUAUGUUAAGUGAAAAUUGUUAAGAUAAUUUUAUUCGGUGCUUGGGAUUUAUUACAUAUUGCUACGUUUAAAAAUUAAAUAUACUGUAUGUGUGAUUGGGAAAAAUAUAAUUAUAAAAUCAAUUUGGCUCUUUUAGUCGGUAUUCAACUCUCCUGCAAUGAUGCUGAUCGAUCGUUAUUCUCUCCUAACAGGAGAACUUGGUUUUAUUUUUGUUUUCUCGCAAAAAGAAAUGACUGUUUUAAGAGUUACGUUAGUCAUCUUUGUCAAAUACGGUAACACUUGUUAACUGUAACAUCAGUUUAGUAAUUUUAGUGAACUAAUUUAACUUGUAAUCCUAUGAUUUUCUGUUGUUAUGGUUUUGCCUGGUCGUUUGAACUUAUGAUCAUUAGAUACCUUCUCCUGAUAUGAAUUCGGUGCGAGACAGGUGUCCCAUUUUGCUACGUCUCAACAGUAACACUCGAGGCUUAUCAUAGUAUGUAUAAUUUAAGUUUCCCAAAUUAGAAAGGCCUUAUUUACAUUAAGAAUAUUACACAGUUUGACAUUUUUGACCUCAACUCCACCUUUUGUCAGUAUUUUCCAGGAAAAGGCUACCUUUUUUAUUUUUGACCACUUUGGCCUUAAUGUAUUUCCUCGCAGUUUCAAACGAUUUCAUAUCAGUCAUUAGUAAAAUCCAACUAGUGGUCUAUUAUCAACGCUGCGUUCUGAUCCGAAAAUGUGCGCCCCAUUCUAGUAACUCCAUUGAAAAUACCACCAGUAGCGAAAAGCGCCGGCUUUGAAAACCAAAACAAUGGCAGCUGAAUCGAGUUUUGCUUGUUAAAGUUGUUUUGUCUAGAUAUUUUUAACCAACUAGUUGGAUUUUGCUAAAACAAUUUUUCCUCUCGCCCUCAUGGUCUCUGAGUCGCCUUCGCCUUCACGGGCUGUUGACUCAGACCCCAUUCGGGCUCGAGGAAUAAUUGUGAAAUACUUUCUACGUAAAGUAAAAUAUAUUUCAACUACAAAGAGCGAGAUAUUUCCUAUUUAAGGUGCUUGCUGAGUAAACAUCUAUUGUUGCUAUUUCCACUUUUGACCACAUACUCUAUUUUCAAUUAGACGCUCGAUUUUACGAACACGCUAUCAAAUAAUGCAUGGAAAAGUUUAAUCAACCGUUUUCUAGAAGCUUAAGACGGAAUCAAUCAGGAGAUUGAGUAAUUUCAAUUUUCAGUGGUAACCUUGU